AAUUACGUUAUACGCAAAAUGCGCCUGCGUCAGAGGCAGCGUAACGGAAUUCUGUUUGAAAUCUAAACAAAGGCCAACUUUGCGAUUACUAAUCGAAUAUUUUAAAACGAGAAUAUUAAUUUAUUAACAGAAAUACAAUCAAAAGUUGAAAAAGAGAAACCUGCCGUUUUCUUGUCCGACAUUUUAUUUUUUAACUCGACCAAUCACAAUCCCCUCGUGAGUACACGCAUAUAAUUGUGGGACAUUGAAGACAGCGAAGGAUACAUCUAAGCUGCCUUCAAAAAUCUCAGGAGACAGGAAGUAAAGCAAACAUUAGAUUGGGACGUGACUUGAUGGCUCGAUACCUUGAAAUGCUGCAUCCUUAAGCAGCUGUUUAGAGCUUUCGGACGGCAGAGUCAAUUUUACUUGGGUCGCGUUUCAUAAUCGUAAUUAUAAAACGGUCAAUUCUGGUCAUUAAUUCUGCUUGAGCAGACAAGCCGUUUUAAAAUCCCAAAUUAAUACGGCUGGCCGCAUAACACAUCUUAAAUAUCACUUUUAUUUUAUGAAUCAUUGAUACGCAUAGCAAAUAAGCGUUUUUAUAAAAGCAUAACCCGCUCGAAGCAGUGGGUUACUGCUUUAAUAAUCACGUGCCAAAACGUCACAAUUAGGCGACCCUGAACGCUGUUGCUCAUUGGUUCUUUAUUUUUCAUCUUGGUGCACUUUGCCUUUUCUACCACCACCUGUGUCACUGUACGAGGGGUUUACAUUACAGCUAGUCAUAUGUGACCGAGCCUACUUGAGCAGUCGUCAUAACUUCUUUAAAAAGAGUUAUUUGCAUUCGCGAGCGUUUUGGUAAGUUCAAGUUCACGCUAUGUCUGGACACGGCCACGGCGGUGGACACGGUCACGGCUGUUGCGAAUGCGAGCAUGAGCCAGCUGAACGAGGAGUGGAAUAUGAGCUAUACAAACGUAUUGAUAUAGAGAAGCUUCAAUGCUUGAAUGAAAGCCGAGACGGAGAUGGUAAACUGGUGUUCAAGCCUUGGGAUCAACGCACUGACAGGGAGAAGUUUGUUGAAAGUGAUGCUGAUGAGGAACUUCUAUUCAACAUACCGUUUACAGGUAGCGUGAAGCUGAAAGGAAUCAUAAUAGCUGGAGAAGAUGAUGAGUCACACCCAGCUGAAAUCAAACUGUACAAGAACAUACCACAGAUGUCGUUUGAUGACACAGGCAAAGAACCAGAACAAGCGUUUCGCCUAAACAAGGAUCCACUGGCUGAACUUGAGUAUCCGACUAAAAUUGCCAGAUUCUCCAAUGUCCAGCACUUAUCUAUUCACAUAUCUCGGAACUUUGGGGCUGAAACCACUCGUGUGUAUUACAUUGGGCUACGGGGAGAAUACACAGAGGCUUACAGGCAUGAAGUUACAAUCUGUAACUAUGAAGCAGCAGCAAACCCAGCAGAUCACAAAGUGGAAUCAAUCACACCUCAGACACAGUUCAUAUCAUGACAAAUAAAGAAAAGAGAAUCUAAUGCUUUGUCUAUUAAACAGUAAAGUGUGCAUGACUUUUGAUAACAGUCUUAUAGGCUGAAUAUUUCAUGAUGUGUUAAAAAGGGCUUGUUUAGGACGGUUUGUUCAUCUGCACUAAUGCUAAUGUGCCAAUAAACACUUUUACACACGCA